CAAUGUUUAUACUGUCAAUCCGAAUAUGUCAGCUGUUGAAGUAAGGCGGUAUUAAAUUUGGAUAUAUUUUUGUAUUCUUUUACUUUCUUUAUAUGCGAUGUUUUGUUGGUAUAAUGUCGGUUCCGUGUGAAAUGUUAUUGCAUCCUGAGCUUUUAAGUAAUGACCAAUUAAUAUGCGUCAUUCAACAGCGACAUCUUCGAGUCCCAAACAUGGAACUAAUGCGAAGGGAUGAACUAUUGGAGGUAUUCCAUAAUUAUUGCGUUCCUUAUGGCCAAAGGAAGUACAGGGAUACGGGCAGAGGCAAAUUACUAAAUAAAACGCGGCAACCGAGCCCUGAGCCGGCAAAAAAGUUAAAUGUCAUGCAUAGUCAAGAAAGCAAACAGUCCAAAGUAAAACUAAGCUGUGAAAGACUAAAACCACCGCCAGACGUGUUCUCCAGCCACACAAAGAGAAUUAAACUAGAAACAACAAUAUCACCAAUUGCACACAAUGAUAUUUUUAAUAUCAAUAAAAGAAAAGUUGCUAUUGACCCUGCAACUCUAUCAAAUGACUGUCCACCACCCAAGAAAGAAAGGAAACCAAUAACCUGGCCAUAAAUAGUGAGGAUUUAGGUUUUUUAUUUGUUUGUUUAUGGAACAUUAUGUAUGAAACCGUAUUUUUAAUGCUCAUCACUCUAUACAGUCUAUACAAAAAUCAAUACACUUAGUAGAAUUCUGUUUUAGUAUAUAGGUAUAACUUGUAAAGGUUUUUAUGUUGCAGCUCAUCUAUAAGUAGAUAAAUAUUAUUAGGUAUCAAUAACUAGAUUCAGUUUAACAUGCUAUAUGAAAGAUAGCUUUCUGUUGUCACAUUCAAUACCCAAUACUUUAAUGCUUCCAGCACAGUUACAGGUGGUAAUUCAAAGCUUUGAGGGUUGUAUUCCAAUGAAACCACACUUAUUGGAACACUGUAUUUUGUGUGCAACAUGCAUCAGCUAUAAGAUUUGAAAUAAUUAGUUUUCAAGCUUGUGCUUUGCUUAAACAUAAUGCAUUGAGUCCAGUAAGUGAAGUAUCAUUGGUUAGAGAAAAUUUACAAAAAGGAUAAGCAGUGGUUCAUUCAAAUUUAGGUGAAUGAAAUAUAAAAUUGUAAAUAUCACAAGAGUUACUUUGACAAUCUAGGAUUCAGCUGUGAGUCACAGAUUAAAUUGUUAGAUAAGUACAUUAAUUUAAUCCUUAGUUUUAGUGUGUUGUACAUUUUUAUAUAUAAACUGUUAUCAUAAAACUAUGUCUUAUGUAACUGUCUUUAAAUCUGUUGAAUACUUGUCAAUUACUUCUAUGUUGGAUUCAUGGAAAUAGACACAUUUUGUCCAGUAGAUAAAAAAAUAGAAUAAAAUGCCAUAAUUAGUUGUUACUUUUGUUAUCAAAUGAUUAUAUUCAUAUGAAACGGAUAUUUUGAGCUAUAUGAUGGCAACAUUUAAACUUUAUUUUAUGGUAACACUGUGGUUGUCUUUAACAUAUUUUUAUGCAUUCCCAUGCUUCCACUAAAUAGAGAUAUUUUCAACAGAAAAUUGACUGAAAUUAAUUGCAUGCAAUAAAAGACGAAAUAUUUUUUUCAGAUGCAUAACCUCAUAAAAUGUUUUAAUUGACACAAUAUUAUUGUUAUAACCUCAUCAACAUUACAAUUAAUCAUAUUAGAAGCACUGCAGUAGUUAGUGCAAUGUGAAUACAAAAAAAUAUUUAACAAAUAAUUGUACAUUGAACUAGAAGCUUUGUAGACAAAACAGAAAAUUGACUGAAAUUAAUUGCAUGCAAUAAAAGACGAAAUAUUUUUUUCAGAUGCAUAACCUCAUAAAAUGUUUUAAUUGACACAAUAUUAUUGUUAUAACCUCAUCAACAUUACAAUUAAUCAUAUUAGAAGCACUGCAGUAGUUAGUGCAAUGUGAAUACAAAAAAAUAUUUAACAAAUAAUUGCACAUUGAACUAGAAGCCUUGUAGACAAAUAGCACAAUAUUCUCAAUAUUUAAUGUAUCUGGGGCACUCCACCUCCUAAAGUAGGACUGUUAAGCUUGACGACGGUAGUGUCCUCAGCUGCAUUAGACUAAUUUAAGUCAUGCUGAUAUAGACUCAAUUUAUAAUACAAUAAGCUUCUUUUUCCUUCUCGAUGUCCUAUGUUUGCGGUCUGUGAUUAUAUGAGGUCGCGUUGUCCACUAGUCUCGUUGAGGACCUCGUCUUCUUUUUUUUCUUUAAAAAAAAAGAACUUCCGCAGUAAGGAAUUUAAUUCUUGUGUCGCGCGGGUUUUACA